AUGACGGGUGCCAUACCCAAACCCGACGUCGCCAUGUCACCAACAACGCCAAAGACAAAAACAAAACCAUUAUCACCAGUACAGCCAAACCGAAGCCCCCCUCCCUUCAGGCCCUCCACAUCAUCAAAAAUGACAAUCGAAACACUCCUCUCGCAAGAUGAAGACGAGCUGUUGGCGGCGGUAUGCACCGACUCAACAACAGGAUUCUCGCUACUAGCAGCAGCGACAUUGGAAAAAGGAAAAGCGAGGGCGGCGACGACGACGACGACAACAUCAAACGACUCAGCCCCAUCAUCCCAAAUCAGCCCACGAGGCAGCCUCAUUGAAAGCCCGACUGACUCGGCCGCCAACCUGGCGAUAGAGGAUAUCGACAGCGUCAAUUCGGAUAGCUACCCGGCUUCGAUGACGAGCUCGAUCAAGGCUCAUGUGUAUGAGGGGGGGUUGAGAUAUCACGCGUACAAGAGCGGGAAGUACGCUUUUCCGAAUGAUGAGAUUGAGCAGAACCGGGAUGAUAUGAAGCACUCGAUGAGUUUGUUGUUGAUGCAGGGCGAGUUUUUUUAUGCGCCGGUUAAGGAGAGGUUGGAGGAGGGGGCCGAGGAAGUCAGCGGUUGCUUCAACAAGGAAGCAAAAUCAGACAAUUCGUGGCCAGCCAGCUCCAGAUUCAUGUCGUCCAUUCAUGAUGCCCGCUGUGGGCAGUCAAGCAACCGAGCUUUCCUGUCCGUCGUUGCGACCAGUCAUGUUUCACGAAAACAAAGAAAAAAGAAAAUCUCGAAGCUGACCAAGCUGUGUGUUACGGCAGGUACCGGAACGGGCAUAUGGGCAAUAGAAGUCGGCGACAAAUACCCAAACACCACAGUCACCGGCAUCGACCUCUCCCCCAUCCAGCCAAACUACGUCCCCGAGAACGUCCACUUCUUCGUCGACGACUUUGACGAAGAAUGGGUCGACCCGGACGACAAGUACGACUUUAUCCACAUCCGAAAUGUGAUGCACUCCGUGACGGAUACAAAAGCGCUGCUUUCGCGGGUGAUGCGCCACCUCAAACCAGGAGGCUACAUCGAAAUCCAAGACCUAGACAUCACCCCCCUCUCCGACGACGACACCCUCACCCCCACGACCCCCUACGCCCUACGGGAUUUUCUAAAAUACAUGGCCGCCGGGCUCGCAGCCCUGGGCUCGCACAUGCACGCCGUCCACAAACUACCCGAUGAGCUCGAAGCGGCUGGCUUCGAAGACAUCAAGAAAUCCAAACACAAAGCGCCCAUAGGGAUGUGGCCCAAGGACAAGAGGUUACGACUUUGCGGGUUGUUUUUGAGGACGGCGAUGAUGGACGGGCUGAGGGGUGUGAGCCAGAGGCCGAUGGCGGCGUUGGGGUGGACGCCGCUGCAGAUCGAGAUGGUGUUGGUCAAUGUGAGGAAGGCGUUGAUGGAUCCAAAGGUGCAUGCGUAUUUUACUUUUCAUGUCAUCUAUGCUAGGAAACCGCUGCAGGCAGGAGGGGGUCCUGGGUCUGAUGAACCAUGA